CGCGUUCACAUCAGGUGGGGAAGCGACAGCUAGCAAGUGCUCUCUUUUUAUUCGACACUACUACUUCCAAACGAACUUGCACCGACAUCUGCAACUAUGGGAAAAUUAACCUCAAUGCUAGGUCUCCUCUUGACACACCCUCUUGAAUUCAGAACUCUUCUUCAAUUCUACCUUUACCAUGAGACGAAACGCGACAUCACGGCUCAACAAGAGCACCCCACGUCAGGCUGGGAUCGCGCCUCCAUGCGCCGCUGCUGGAAAUUCCUUGACUUGACAAGCAGAAGUUUUGCAGCUGUCAUCAAGGAGCUUGAGGGCGACCUUGCAAGAACGAUUUGCAUGUACUACCUCAUCAUGCGCGGCCUGGAUACAAUUGAAGAUGACAUGACUAUCCCCGACGAGAAGAAGCAGCCAAUACUCCGCCAAUUCCACGAGUUGACAGUAACGCCUGGCUGGAACUUUACAGAGAACGGCCCUGAUGAGAAAGAUCGACACCUGCUCCUCGAAUACCACAUUAUCGUAGAAGAAGUCAACAGACUGGCACCCCAGUACAAGACUGUCAUUCUUGACAUUUGUCAGAAAAUGGAGAAUGGUAUGGCAGAUUAUGCACAUAAAGCCGCAACCAACGGCACUGUUUACCUCGAGACUAUUGCGGACUACGACCUCUACUGUCAUUACGUCGCAGGCCUCGUAGGUGAAGGCCUCACUCGCAUUUGGUCAGCCUCGGGCAAGGAAGCGUCUUUUCUCUGCGAUCAACUCGAGCUAGCAAACUCCAUGGGUCUUCUCCUCCAAAAGACCAAUAUCAUCCGUGAUUUCCGGGAAGACGUCGAGGAGAGACGUUUCUUUUGGCCUCGAGAAAUUUGGGCUAAAUACGGCUUUACCGAAAUGAAAGAUAUGUACGAGAAGGGCGAUAUUGAGCAUGCUACAUGGAUACAAAGCGGCAUGGUUCUUGAUGCUCUGCGACACGCAUGCGACUCUUUGGACUACCUGCACCUACUUAAAAACCAGAGCGUGUUUGUGUUCUGCGCAGUCCCCGCUUCCAUGGCAAUGGCCACAUUGGCACUUUGCUUCAUGAAUCCAGAAAUGUUCCAGCGAAACAUUAAGAUACGAAAAGCGGAGGCUGCUCAACUUAUCAUGCGGUCAACAAAUACCAGAGAAGUUGCCCUAAUCUUCCGGGAGUACGCACGAGUGAUUCACCAUAAGGCAAAACCGCAUGAUCCAAAUUUCCUCAAAAUUUCAGUGAUGUGCUGCAAGAUCGAACAAUGGUGUGAACAAAAUUUCCCCUCGUUCGUCAUACUGAACGAAAGGGGGCCGACAUACGACUCUGCAGACAAGAGAACAGCCAUCUUCAGAGCAGAGGAGAAAAAGGUAGCCGAGCGUCUUGCCGCAGAUCCAAGGAACGCACCCUUACCUCAGGACUUUUUUCCAUGGGAGCUUGCCGCCUAUGUCGUUGGCGCAAUGUUGCUUAUGCUGGGCCUCAGCGCUCUUAUCGUGUGGGUCAUGCUCAAGUUCAUUCCACAGGCAUAAAGUUUGGGAUACCAGACUAUCGCGUUUGGUAUUUUGAUCUUGGAAAAAAUAUGUAGUAUACCUCUCAAACUUAUUGUUACCAUUAAUGGGCUGGGAUGCUUCUUGAUACCGUCGUUACUUAUCUUUGUGCAUCCUGUCGAUGCCUGUGUUAUUUGGUGCUAGCUGAAUCAGAGUGCUGUCGCAUGUGACGAGA